CCAGUCCCCACCUGGUCCCAGGGCAGGCUGUGUGACCUCAGGCAAAUCCUGCAACCUCUCUGGCCUCGACAUCCCCCUCCGUAGAAUGGGAACGACCCACGUACCUACCCAGAGGGCUGACGUGACCGCUAGGUGAGUUAAGACACUUAAAUUUAUCUUAAGGGACUCUGCCCCCUCCCCAACCAAGGCUGCAUCAGUGCCUCAGUUUCCCCGUCCGGAAAGAGAUGGGAUGUGUUUUCGGACUCCACAAGUCCUGUUGUCGGGCUCGGCUGCUUCCCAUAUAACGACCGCCAUUUGUCAAGCACUUGCUGUGUGGCCGGUCCGUGCCUCUGUCUGCUCGUCUGUCAUACGGAGCUCGAAUGUAGGGAGACUGGAACGAGGGAACAGGGAGUUGAGCCCCGGGCACGGUGGCCAGCACUAAAAGCCUGCUGGCUGUGGUCAGCGGUGUCCCCAUCGCCCCUGCUGGCACGAUGGUGGCGUUUAAAGCAUCUGGCUCAGGCCUUGGCGCAUAGCAGGUGCUCAGUAAAUGCCCUCUUUGGAAUCACACGAACCUGGGCUGCAAUCCUGGCCCAGGGGACCUUGGACACGUCGCUUUCCCUUCCUGAGCCUUGGUUUGCCCAUCUGGAAAAUGGGCUCACUGCAGGCUGUGUCUCGUGCGCCUCAGCGGGCACAGCACCCAGCGCCCAGAGAGCGACGACUCAGCCCCCAGGAUGGCGAGCGUGGGUCCGAUCGUCCUUACCUUGGCAGGGUGGCAGUGCCCUCCCUCGCUCUCUGGCAGGUCAGGGGGCCGUCCUGCCCUCCGAUUGUGACACCCCUCCCCCCACCUGUGACCUCACCCCUGGAGCGGCCAGUGGGAACCCUGAGGCGUCUGUGAGGUCACCCCAUUCCGCUGCACAGAGACGCCCGUCGGAUCGCGCCCGCUGGCUUGUCUCCGUCCCGGGGAUCUUCUGAGACCCAAGCGCUCGAGAGCCGCGGUCACGACAGAGCUCCUGAGACGGACACGGAGCAUUGGGAACCGAGGACACUCCAAGUGCUGACCCCGGGAGGCCAGCCCAGGGGCGAAAGUCGCGGCGGGGGGGGGGGGGGGGGGGACUCGAGAUCCUCAUUCAGCAGUUCCAGGAGGCCCAGGAAGCCCACGGCCUGGCUUGGGCACCGUCACCGCCGCCAGGCCACCAUGGUCCCCAGCUGGCUGCUGCUUCUGGCGAUGGCUCUGCCCCCAGGUGCCACGGGCGCCAAGGACUGUGUGUUCUGUGAGCUGACCGACUCCACGCACUGCCCCGGGACCCACAUGCGCUGUGGCGAAGACGAGGACUGUUUCACGGGCCAGGGGGUGGCCCCGGGGCUCGGCCUCCUCAUCAACAAAGGCUGCGUGCAGUCCACUUCCUGCGGCCACGAGGAGCCCGUCACCUACAUGGGCGUCACCUACGCCCUCACCACCACCUGCUGCUCCGGCCACAUGUGUAACAGGGCCCCCGGUCCCGAAAGCGGCCAGCUGGAAGGGGUCACCGCCGCCGGCCUGGCGCUGGGCCUGCUGCUGUUCCCACAUUUGCUGUGACCGACCUGAAGGGCAGGGCCUGGGACUGGUCUCCCGGCCUCGCUGCUCCCCGAGCCUCCUGCCUCCACCCCUCCCCCUCAUUAAAUGGCCAGAGGCCCUGGACAACC